CGAGCCUUCAAUUCAGAACUGAAGUCUCAUCUGCCCGCAUUUGCUGCGGAUCAAUGAAGGUAGCUCAGAAAUCGAAGAGGGCGGUCUCUCCGCAUCCUCAAGUAGCAGAGCUUGUCACAAAGCUCAUAAACACUCCAAAACACGAUCUUGCCGAUGUUUUGGCUGAUAUUGACUCCUGGAAAUGGCCGCGAUCCGAUCUUAAUGCCUGGACUAAGGUCCUCGACAAGUUCGAUGUUAUCCUAGAGGAAACCAUCCGGGAUUAUGAUGUGGACAAGCUGCAGAUAAAUGUGUUCACUCCAGCGACAAAGAAAACUAUAUGCCAUAUUCUUAGGUUUGAAAGGCUUUUAUUGGAGAACUCCACCAAUCGCAAAACCUUCAAUUCCUAUGAUAGACUUAAUUCCUUGCUGUUCACGUCAGAUCUUGACGUGCUCACGCUAGCAUUGAAUCUUCUCCUUCGCCCCGCACAACAAUACUCCGCUCAGGCCGCAGUAUCAACAGCCCUAAGCAUCUCUACACCUCGUUUACUCUCCCUCUCCAAGCGGUGGCCCAAUGUGCACGAACAUGGUAUCAGCUUGCUGGAUCUUGUCAGUGCAAACGGCCCAGCGCAGGUCGAUGUUCUUCCUGCCGAAGCUCGUGAUGUAAGUUUCGUUUAUUAUCGAACUGACCAGAAGGAGAAGGGACAGGGGAAGGAAAUCGAUCAUAUUGAAGCCAUGCCAUCCAGUCCUCGCAAACUCUCCGUUCCACCCUCGACCUCGCACUCAUACGCAUCUACCAUUCAUAUCGAGGAAGGGACCCUGAAGAACAAAGAAGUCAUGGAGAUUAUGGCGGAUGUAUUGGAGAUGCAUCCGCUGAAUAACGAAGACAAGUUCGAACUCCUUUGUCGCGUUCGAUCCGCUAAGGCACUUGCCCCCGGCAACGAAAUUAUGAGAGAGAAGCUUGUCGUCAUACGACUCAUUUGCAUCGCCAUUUAUGGCCAUACGCACAGCGAGACUCAGGCGUCAUCAACACUUUUCCUGUAUGAGCCAGAUCUCACUACCCACAUCGCUGAGCUUCUUCAGUUGGAUCGUGGGGUUUCGAUACCUGUGCAGACAGCGGCUAUCUCAGCGCUAGACUCGAUCGCUAGGUACCGAGGAAAAAUGACCGAGGUGUUGGGCGCCGUCAAUGCUGCCGUCAAUCAUGGAAUCAUCAUGGCCCUUCUGCGGAAGACUAUCUUGGAGGUUAGCAGCCCGGAAAGCAGAAUCUCACCCACCUUCGUCGAGUCUCUUCUUUCAUUCGUGACCUACCUUGCGCAACUCAUGAACGGGGGAAAUAUGCUUGUUAGCGCAGGACUAAUUCCCUUGCUGGUUCAGAUCAUGGAGAAUAGGUUAGCUCAGAGACUCCAGAUGGUCUCGAAGGCUAUGCAAUUGAUGGAUAACGUCCUCUACGCCUUCUCAAACGCGUUCCAAAUGUUUUCGAACUCCCGUGGAGUCGAAGUUUUGGUGGCACGUAUCCAGCACGAGGUCGACUUUGAUAUCACAAUGUACGGAAACGAGCGCUCCAGGGACCUGUUUGGUUCGUACGGACAACUUCCGGUUCCAAGGGCCGCCAUGCUUAAACACACGUUACGCUCCAUACAUCGCAUGAUGCAGUCGACGGGUACAUCCGAAGGGCUGCGCGGCCUGAUUGAUUCCACCUUGCCACAAUCGAUCAAGAAGAUCAUGGAGUAUCGUGGCCUGUUUGGCCCUAGUCUUCUGCCUCUCGCCAUGAACAUCAUGGCAACAUUUAUUCACAAUGAGCCGACGUCUCUUCCGACAAUUCAAGAAGCAGGUUUGCCUCAGGUGUUCUACAAAGUGAUUGAAGCAGGUCUGGAACCUGUCAUUGAAGUCAUCCAAGCCAUCCCAAAUGCAAUUGGGGCGCUCUGCCUCAAUCAGGUUGGUCAGGACCAGCUUGCAACUCGCCCAAGCGUCAUUCCUGGCAUCAUCUCGAUCUUCACUUCGGAGAGUCAUAUUAAGGUCCUUCGUGAAAAGGAAAACGCUGUACUAAUCGGCACCGCCGUUGACGAGUUGAUCCGCCACCAUCCAACCCUGAAAACUCCUAUUUUUGAUGCCGUCAAGUCUGCUCUGAGUAAAAUCGAGGACCUUGGAAAUACUUUCGUGAUCCCCGAGGACAAGAAAGAGUGGUACGGUCUCGUGCUCGCCUCUCAAACUACAGACAAGGACGACAAGAAGGACGAUAUUCCGAUGGAUGUUGUGGACAGUGACAUUAGCGUUUCUGACGCUCAGGAGGACACGACGGACGAGGACUCCCUGAGGAGUCAUGACAACAGCGUAGUUCUUUACAUCGAUGUCUUAUGCCGAUUUCUUGAAGGUCUGUUCCAACACACGCAACAUUGCAAAGAUUUCAUCAGGAACGUUGAGGGUCUCGAGCGUAUUGGCAGGCUCACUGCCUUGCCCUGCCUUCCAUAUGAUUAUGCGAACAGCGUUGCUUCAGAUUCCCUAGUACAAGUUAUUCGGACGAUGGCGGACGUAGGACCCAACGAGGCACUUCACCAUCUUUCCAAACUCGUGGAAAAUUCCCUCUCCGACUCUCAAAGCUUCUGGGAGUCUCCCCAAUCCCACUCGAAGUUGGCGCCUUUCCUUGAUCUGUCAGAGGAACAGGAAAGCACAGCAAAUCAACAAUUCCGGAACCUGGUUACCCUUCACAUUCGCAUCACUGUAUUGGCUGACGUCUUCUCCACUGCUGGUUAUGCACACGGAAGGUCAGCAAUCGGACUUCUUCAGACUCUCAUGAGCGAUCCGCCGAAGGUCGUCAAAGAGCUAGGUGCUCUCCACCGCGCAUCGGUGUGGGAGAACAUCUUGUUCAAAGCCGACAUGGUGGCACAGGGGAUGGAGGUGGGUACGAGCAGUCAGGGAUCUCCCCUGGGGAGAUCACCUAGCUAUGGUUCGGUGCCUCUCCCAGAGCCUAAUGCUGGCGUCACUGCCAACGGCGUUCAGCUGGGAUCGGCAUCAACACCCGCGCAAUCAUCGUCGUUUGCAUCACCGAAAAUUGACACCGCGCGAGAGAAGAAUGCCAAGGCACUCAAGCAUCUAACGCACGGUCUUCCAAGCGCUUUGGCGCCCUUUUUCCAGGCCAUCGUCAAGCUGUUCUAUGCGAGGCGAAAUCCUGAUGCGACUCAGAAGAAGCAGAUUUUAUCUGCAUCAGCCACUAUUGCAGAAAUCAUGGUGGAACAUCUCAAGUACGAGGUCGAAGGCGAUCGAGUGUGUUGCCUAGAUUAUCACAGCGUCAUGUUAGGUCUUGUGACGAUCCUAGUUGUGGACGAGCGGACGAUGAACACCACUCUUCAUACCGUGCUGCUUCUUGCUUUUCAACGCGCAAAGGGCUUGGAAGCUAUUUUCAGAGUCUGCAAAUACUUCACUGACUUGAUCGAUGGCGUAACGGCAGUCAAACCUGAAGAUCGAACAGAGACCAUGCAGCAGGAACUUGCCCAUGCGCAGGGAGGACUGAAGGUUGCAUUGCACCUCUUGCACCCAUUACUUUCUUCGAAGCCGCUCAUCGAGUCCGGCCAAACGUCACUAGUCACGACUCGGGACAAGAAAGAUACGGAAUCCGGCUAUUUCGAGCCUCACCAUUUCCUUGUCUGGCUUCGCCUCGAGAGCAUACCCUUACUGCGCAGUAUCUGGGAGGCUUCUUGGCUUCGUUCAUCCCCUUUGACGCUGGUCAGGUCGGUUGUUCAGAUCAUGCUUGAGGUCACGGCUGGAGAGAAUGAAGAAUUCAAGGGUGAUCCUUCUCAAGAGGUGGUCAAUGGUGGAACCAAUCUUGCUAUUGGCAGCGGUUUUCAUAUCAGAGCUGCUGGGCCAGAUGAGAAUCGUAUCCGCCAGCUCACCGAUAUGGGAUUUCCUCGCUCUGCCGCCGAACGUGCUCUUGCCCGCACUCAUAAUAAUGUCAAUGCUGCGACCGAGUUACUCCUGAGCCAGCCUUUCCCAUUACUUCCUGACCCGCAGCCGAACGGAUCUGCCGCGGAGCAGGACGAUGCAGGCGAUGCCCUUGCUGAUGGAGGUGACGAGGAUCUUUCUGAUGAGGAGAUGGACGUUGAGGAUUCUGGCCCCCCUGCUCCUCCAGUUGAGUCCACCCCACCUCCUCAAUCGACCAGCGAAGAGCAAGGGAAGGGUCUUGAAGAGUUACGCAAAGACCUCGAGGAAGCAAGGGAGAGUUUGAAGAAAGAGUUACCCCCAAGAGCCUUGCAACUGGUUGAUGAACACCCUUCAUUGAUAUUCGAGGUUCAUCGGGCAUUCAUGCAGCCAACUGAUGAGCUCCAGGAGCAAUCAAUUCGCACGUUGAUUGACGAUAUACAAUCAUUCUCUCCCGCGGCUUAUGACGUUCAUGAACAGCCACUGGCUGCAAGAUGUCGGUUACUUGCAAUAGUUCUCUCUGAAUCCCCUACGCUCCCGCAAGCCCUUGGACAGAGCUUGAUGGACACCCUUUUGGCUCUGCUCCUGUCUAAUUCUGUCCGCGGAGAUUCAUCUCAUCCAAAAUGGCUAGCCUCCCACCUCCUUGUGACGGAGGCUUUGUUCACCAUCGGCGAACAGCCCUCUACUAUCGCUGUGCCAAAAGAGGAUGAAUCCGUGACCACUCCGGACAUUUCUGUUGGCCCAACGUAUGCUGAUGCGCGACCCAUUAUAUUCGAUUUCUGCCUCCGGUUACUAGCUGACCCCGACCUCCCAAGGGAUGAGCUGUUGUCCACGCUCCGCCUGCUGGUCUUGCUCACGAGGGACCACGGUACAGCAUCUGAACUCAUCAAGCGUGAUGGACUCCAGCACCUCUUCUCACAUCUCAAAGCCUCUGCUGUUCCUAGUGGUCAAUCGUAUGCGGUGAUCAUACUUCGCCACAUCGCCGAGGGGCUAUCUGUGCUUCAACACAUCAUGAAGCAAGAAAUCAAGCGUAUCUUCUCUCAGCCACGGACACGGAUAAUCGACGUUUCAGGAUACAUGCGCAAUUGCAGUGCAAUGGCUCUCAGAGAUCCGUCUGCAUUUGUCCAGGUAACUCAGGAUCUGUGCCAGCUUCAGCAGCCUUUCUCAGCUGUCCAGCACAUUACCCUCAAGCCUGGGCUUUCGCAGCCGAGCCCCGACACUGGCACUACAGAGCGUAAUGAUAUGCAGGUUGAUCAACCAGCACCACUGGAGGUACAUGGGCCCGAUGCAGAGGCUUUGGAGACAAUGGUACAUUUUCUCAUAAGCGAAUUGAUGAAGAAUGUGCGCUCUCCCUCUGAUAAUGACGUCACGACGAAGCGCGAAGAUGUGACACAGAGCGCUUCCGAGAGCGUCGAUGCGAGCAAGGAUGGUCCCAAUGAUGAAGAUCGGCAUUCGUACUGCUGCUUCAUUAUGCAAUGCCUCACAGAACUGCUGUUUUCCUACGAUGCCUGCAAACUUGCGUUCUUGUCUUACUCUCCGAAAAAGAAAAUGUCGACUCCUGCCAAAGAUCCUGGUACCAAACAUCGCGCAGCUGUCCUUCAGUUCUUCCUUUCCGACCUCAUAACUUUUAGAACUGUUGCUUCCCAGCCAUAUGCGAAGGUGAAGCAAGCCUUCUCUCUUUGUACUUGUGCGAUGUCCGUACUUGUGGCUCUCUGCGUCGACAGCUCAGCAGGGGUGGAGUCGAAGGAUGUUUCCGCAGACUUGAUCUCGGUCCGCAAAUUCACCCUGGAGGCCAUUAGUCGCGCUAUCAAGGAGUACACGUUGCAAGACAAUCUGGAUGCAAGAUAUGGACGCCUUCUCGCUUUGGCAGAUCUAUGCAACCGACUUCUCACUGUGCGCUUCAACAACGGCAGCCGCAAAUCGCAGGACGAGAGUACUACACACACUGCGAAGAUCAUGCUGGAGAAGAAUUUCGUUUCGAUCCUAACCAGCGCACUAGCUGAAGUUGACCUAAAUUACCCCAAUGUCCGUGGUCUCGUGGCGUCGAUCCUUAGGCCAAUGGAUAACCUCACACGGAUCGCUAUCAAGAUGAGCCGCACAUCUGAAAAGACCAAAGACGGUGGCGAUGGAAAGGUCUCUCAAAGCGUAGUCUCCGAGGACGAGGAUGAAGACGAGAACAUUGAUGUGGACGACGACGAUCGAGAAGAGACUCCCGAUCUGUACAGAACUUCUGCUCUAGGCAUGUUCGGAGGUGAGAUGGAAGAUAUCAAUUAUGCACAAGAGGAUGAAAUGGCCGAAGGAGAUGACGACGAUGACGACGACGUUGAGAUGGAAUAUGGCGAGGAUACUGAUAGCGCAGCGACGUCGGAUUCUGAGGAUGAAUUGGAGGAUGGCGGGGAUGAUGAUAUUGACGAAGACAGCAACGGAGGUGAAUGGCACGACGAAGACGAAGAGUACGAGGAAGAUGACUUAGUUGAGAAUGAGGACGGCGAGGACGGCGAGGACGACGAUGAGCCUGCGGCUGGUCAAGAGGUGGAUGACGAAGAGAUCAUGUGGCAGGAUAUUCGGGGAGGUGAUGACGAAGGUGAUGAAGUUGCUGAUGAAGAAGAAGACGAAGAGGACGAAGAGGACGAGGACGAGCGCGGAGAGCCAGUUGCCGUCAUUCAUGCAGAUCAAGGAGAGGAACCUGAUAUAUUGUCAGAUGACGAAGAUUUCCAUGAUGAAAUGGGUGUCAUUGAUGUGCAAGGCGUCAUCCAAGACGGGGGCUUCAGAUUCACCGAUGCUGUUGACCUCGAGGGCGGAGAGCUAGAUGGCCGAGACCCCUUCAUUCGCAGGCGCCGUAACACGGGCGAGGAUGUGCAAGUAUUUGGUCGUCCCAGACAUGUGCCAGCUGCACCACCCGAAGCUACUGUUCAUCCCCUUCUUCUGGACGCUUCUGCAGCAACGAACCGUCCUGUUGGCUUAACUCGCGUGGCUCGCCGCUCCCACAGGGGCGCAGCCGGAGGCGUUCAGCAUGACCUCAUACACUCCAUCGAAGACAUCAUCGCAGGUGAUGCAGGUCAUAUCUUCCAAACUAUCAUAGAACGUCAUGGUCCGGACGCCAUAAGAGUGGAUGUCACUCCUGGUACCAUGGUGGACGGUCGAGGAUUCCUUGGCCGAAGGGGUGCCUCCCUAUUCGCUGGGGUUAGAGUUGACGGUGUGCGGGUAGAUCGCGUGUCUCGAACAAGCGAUCCCCGUGGCGAGUCCCGCGCGUUCGAUCCCUUGUUGACAGUUCAAAGGUGGACCGAAGAAGCCAAGACGUUGAAUGGCAAGCACGUUUCCGAAAGAGCAAAUAGAAUUGGCAACCAUGUCGUUAUAGCGUUGCUCCCAGCCGCUAUCGAAGCCUCAAGACAAAGGGAGCAGCAGAAACGUCAGGCUCAGGCCAAGGCAGAAGAAGCCGAAGCGCGGCAGCUGGAGGUUGAUCGCACUGGUGCCGAGGAGGCUGCAAGUUCUAAUGUGGCGGCCUCUCAUGCAAGUCCGGAAAAUAUUGCGAAUACACCAGUCGAACCUCCCGCAUUAGAUCCUCCUCCUCUGACCACAAUCGCUUCGAAUGCGGAUGUAGAGAUGGAUGAUGUACAGGCGUCCGCUCCGCAUUCUGACGAGAAUGUAGCAGCUCCAGAAGCCUCGUCCACAGGAGAAGAAAUAUCCGCUGCGGAAGAAGCUCCAGGGCCUUCUCAACCCGCUCCCUCCGAGCGUGUUACGGUGAUCAUCCAUGGCAGUGCGGUGGAUAUCACUGACAUGGGCAUUGAUCCGACUUUCCUCGAAGCCUUACCUGACGAUAUCCGGGAAGAGGUCAUCAACCAGCAUGUGCGUGACCAACGCGCAGCAAGGGUCGAGCGCCCUGCCGACUCCCAGAUCAGUCCGGAAUUUCUUGAUGCAUUGCCACCAGAGAUCAGAGCCGAACUUAUUCAACAGGAAAGGAUGGAACAAUCUAGACAUGCUCCAGUGCCCGCGCCCGAGCAAGGCCCUCCGGGAGUUGCAGCGGAUAUUGAUCCGGCAAGCUUUAUUGCUAGUUUAGAUCCACAACUCCGACAAGUCGUUCUGAUGGAUUCUGACGACGGCUUGUUGCAAACUUUACCGUCAUACAUGAUCGCAGAGGCUGGCGUUUACCGUGAUGAGGCAAAUGGUUCUCGAGGCGGUAUUGCUGCUCGAGCUCUCAGAACUACUGCUGCUCAACGCCUUCCCCCACCUCGUAAACUCCCUCCCCCCCGCGAUGCUAUCCAGCUCCUCGAUAAGGCCGGGGUAGCGACUCUUGUUCGCCUACUCUUCUUCCCUCACGUUCUGAAGAAGAAUCUGCUUUUCAAAAUCUUGGUCAAUAUCUGCGAAAACAGCAAGACCCGUUCUGAACUUUUCAAUCUUCUUCUCAGUAUUCUUCAAAGUGGCCCAGGGGACCUCGCUGCUGUGGACAAGAGCUUCGCGCAAAUGACGACUCGCACUCCAAAAUCUGCGGUCCUUCAAACUCCUAAAGCUGCUGCCAAGGUGAAAACAGCAGCGGAUCUUAGCACACCGGUGGCGAUUGGCGGCUUUCAGAUCGAAACAGUCCCAGACCUCGUCGUGCAACGUUGCCUAGAAGCCAUGACUUAUAUCGUCAGUGCAAAUGAACAGUCGUCGCUAUUCUUCUUGACCGAACACGAACUCCCGGCCGGUUUGAGGAAGAUGCCCUCCAGGAAGGGUAAAGGCAAAGAGAAACCGAUGUCCCAGACACAUUUCCCAAUCGUAUUACUUCUAGGCCUUCUUGACCGACAAUCCCUCCUCAAAACACCCUCGACGAUGGAUUCUGUCGUGACGUUGUUAUCGACGGUCACCAAACCUCUGACGAGUCUUACAUCUGAUAAGGAGCAGUCAAAUGAUGUCACGCCCGAGACUUCCACUUCUGCAGCACCUGCUGCAGCUGUCGCGCCGACUACAUCUGAGGGUGCUGGGGCCCAAGAAUCAACCGGCGCGUCAACUGAAUCUCCCAAACCUGAUGUCCCAGCGGAAGUGCAGACAGAUGUGAAACCCUUACUUGCUGUUCCCCCGCAAAUCCCUCAUUCGGUGUUACGUUUGAUCGUGAACAUUCUUGCGGUAGGAGAAUGUUCGUCGCGCACCUUCCAGCAGUCUCUUGCCUUGAUACAAAAUCUCUCGCACAUUCCUGACGCGCGCGAUAUCAUCGCGCAGGAGCUCAAAACAAAGGCGCAGGACUGUGGACACGCCAUUCUUGCUGAUCUCGGCGAUCUCGUGGGAGCUUUGAUGAGUUCACGCGAUGAUGUCUUAGCAUCUUCCGUUGCGCCGAAAUUCUCGUCCCCAUCAUCAGACCAGACUAAGCUUCUACGUGUUCUCAAAACCAUCGACUAUAUGUAUACACCUCGGAUGGCUGGUCCCGUGACAGACGCGACUCGGAAAAGUGAAGAUGCUGAGAAGGUGCAGACUAUCUAUGAAUCCUUCCAUUUCGCCCCGCUUUGGAGACGCCUAGGAGAUUGUCUGUCGACGAUUGAAGAGAAGCCGGAGCUGGAGCACAUGGCCAUCGUGUUGCUCCCUUUGAUCGAGGCACUGAUGGUGGUGUGCAAAUACGUGGGAUCGAAGUCAGCCGCGGCUCGUGCCCUUCGAACAGCAGCAUCCCCUCGCUCUCCGACGACGUCUCGGGAGAGUAUGGAAGACCUCUUCGUGUCCUUUACAGAUGCACACCGCAAGGUGUUGAAUCUCAUGGUCCGCAACAACCCAUCUUUGAUGAGCGGCUCAUUCUCCUUACUCGUCCAUAAUCCCCGUGUCCUUGACUUCGACAACAAGCGAAAUUAUUUCACUCAGCAACUCCACCGUCGCCCGCAUUCCCGUGAACACCAGGGCACACUCCAGCUUAACGUACGCCGAGCCAGAGUGUUCGAGGACAGCUUCCAGUAUCUUCAGCGCAAGACAGGGGAUCAGAUCAAGCAUGGCAAGCUCAGCGUGCGCUUCUAUGACGAGGAGGGUGUGGAUGCUGGCGGUGUUACUCGAGAAUGGUUCCAGAUCCUCGCACGUCAGAUGUUCGAUCCCAAUAAUGCUCUCUUCCAACCUUGUGCGGCCGACCGCCUCACCUACCAGCCCAACAAGAACUCAUGGGUGAACCCCGAACAUUUAUCUUUCUUCAAAUUUGUAGGACGCAUCAUUGGGAAGGCGAUCUAUGACGGCCGUCUCCUAGACGCCUACUUUGCAAAGAGCAUAUACAGACAGCUCUUGGGAAAACCCGUGGACUAUCGGGAUGUCGAGUGGGUUGAUCCUGAGUACUAUAACUCGCUGUGCUGGAUUCUGGACAAUGAUCCGACACCCCUGGACUUGACAUUCAGCGUGGAAGCGGACGAGUUUGGCGUGAAUCGUAUAUUUUCUCUGAAGGAGGGUGGAGAGUCGAUACCCGUAACGCAGGAGAACAAGCGAGAGUUCGUGCAGCUCUCUGCGAACUUCCGACUGUAUUCCUCGAUCAGCAAACAAAUUGAGAACCUCGUGGCCGGCUUCCAGGAAAUCAUUCCAAAUGAUCUUAUUACCAUUUUCAACGAGCAAGAACUUGAGUUGCUCAUUUCCGGCACUCCUGAUAUCGAUGUGGACGAAUGGCGCGCAGCUACUGAGUAUAGUGGCUACACAAGCUCUGACCCCGUGAUAGUGUGGUGGUGGAGAGCCCUGAAGUCCUUCAAUCGAGAAGAGCGAGCCAAGGUUCUUAGUUUUGCCACUGGUACCUCGCGGGUACCACUUGGUGGAUUCGUGGAUCUGCAAGGUGUCCAGGGCGUUCAGAGAUUCUCCAUUCAUCGCGCAUAUGGAGACCCAGAUCGAUUGCCGCAGGCCCACACUUGCUUCAAUCAGAUCGACUUGCCGCAAUACUCUUCGUAUGAGAUGUUGCGACAACAGUUACUACUCGCCAUCAACGAGGGUGGGGAAGGGUUCGGAUUUGCAUGAUGUAGAGUAUCUUUGAUUCGGAAAACAGCCAUUUGAUUAUGAUCGAUUACCGACAUGUAGAACCACACAUUGUAUAUAACAUCCGCAUAUUUCUCAGCACUGUGCCUAUCUGCCCACUAAGUACAUGUAUUUGCUUCCGU